CGCGGCCGAUCCGACGAUCUCGUGGAAAAGAACGCUGCAAACUGUAGUCCCCCGACGCGUCAUCAAGUCGCGUCACGUCGCGUGUCUCGUGUUUCAGUUUCGACGAGUGUCCUUUUUUGUCUUGGUUGUUUCCUUGCGUAAAGGAAUUUGUCGAUCGCGACGAUUGCGACCCGUACUUUUCGAUUCUCGAGAGACCGAACGCACAGAUCGAUCUUUCGUUGCUCCAAGUCUCACGAAUGAUCUCUCUUUCUUCCAGGCUUCUUCCCACCUCCGCAAGCGCAAAAAUGAGGCAGUUCGCGCGCCGUUACGUGUGUUUGGCCCUGCUACUGACGACGGUAGCCGCGAGGUCCGCCGAGACCAACCCCGCGUCCAAUUCCAUCGACGAGCAGCAGCAGCAGCAGCAGCAGCAGCAGCAGCAGCAACAGCAACGGCAACAGCAGCAACAACAGACCGCGAGGUCGAAUAGCAACGGUGUGUUUGGCGACCUGCGCUACGUCUACCAGGUGUACAAGGAGUGCUCCGGCGCGGAACUGAGUCCUUGCCUGAAGCUGAAGCUCGUGUCGGCCAUGGACAGGGUCGCUCGAAGCGCACAGCUGAAUCUGGCCGAAGGCAUCACUCUAGUGAAGGACGAGUCGGCCACCAACGAGUCUGAGCCGGAGAAGUCCCUGCAGGAGAUCGAAGCCGAGCUGCCGCGCGCGCUCGAGGACAAGGAAGACGCUCUCAACGGCAUGAUCUUCGACAGGAUCGUCAAGUUCUUCCAGAGCCACACUCUGAAGCUCAAACUGCCGAACGUCGACGAGCUUCAACGCAGUCUCACGGAAGAAGGUCGCAAGAAGAAGAACAAGAUGGGCGGGCUCCUCGCUAUUCCGCUGUUAAUUGGCGGCACAUUAGUACCGCUGGCGCUCGGCGCUCUCGCCUUGUUGGCCGGCAAGGCGCUGAUAGUGAGCAAGCUCGCGCUGGUACUCGCCUCCAUUAUCGGGCUGAAGAAGCUCGUGUCGGGCGGCCACGACCACGGCCACGAGGUCGUCCAGGUCGGUGGUGGACACGGCUCGAGCGGAUGGGCGAGAUCGGGACACGAGAUGGCGUACGCCGCGUACAAACCACCGUCAACCUAGGAAAACGAAAAUUUGCGGACGUCAUCGUGGCAUCAACGCUCGGUCUCACCGCUCUUCCCUUUCGCGGAGAGCUCUCUUUUCGCUCUCCGUCUCUCUCUCUCUCUCUCUCUCUCUCUCUCUCUUUCUCUCUCCUCCCUAUCUCGCGUCUAACGUUUAUUCAUCCCCAUUUCGCGAAUAACUUUUUUCUCCUCCUCCCCGUGACUCUCCCUCAUCUACAACUUCUUGCUCUUAUUCUCCUCUCUCUCUCUCUCUCUCUCUCUCUCUCUCUCUCUCUCUCUCUCUCUCUCUGUGUCUCCAGCUGUGUUCACCUUUUCGGAUCACAUCGCACGCACGGGAGACAACUCUGUAUCCACGGAUCGUUUCCGUUAUUUAUUGUUUUCACGCUUGGCCGCGACCCGCUCGCCGCCACGCACACAACAUGUAUAUUUUAUUUAUAAAUACGUAAAUAAAUUAAGACUCUACAGUUAUAUAUGA